UCCCGGUGAUCUUCCAGUUUCAGUAACCUACAUGAUAAUCGAAACAAACAAAUUAGGAAUAAAAAUGGAAGCAAAAUCCAUAAACAAACCAACACCAGUAAACCUGGCUCAACAUGCUUACUGGAACUUAGACGGCCAUUCAAGCGGCAACAUUCUAUCUCACAAAAUCAAACUCUUCGCCUCAAGCAUAACCCCCGUCGACAACGAGCUCAUCCCCACGGGCGAAAUCACCCCAGUGGCCGGAACCCCUUAUGAUUUCACAACCCCACGAGAGAUCAGGUCACAGAUCAAGAGUGCGGGUGGGUACGACAUCAAUUACGUAGUGGACGACACCGGAAGCGAGCAUUUGAAGAAAGUGGCGGAGGUUACGGGGAAGAAGUCAGGGAGGAAGAUGGAGCUGUGGAGUAAUCAACCGGGAGUUCAGUUUUACACGGCAAAUAAAUUGAACGGUGUGAAGGGGAAAGAUGGAGCUGUGUAUGAGAAUCAUGCAGGGCUGUGCUUGGAAACUCAAGGGUUUCCGGAUGCGUUGAAUCAUCCAAAUUUUCCAUCGCAGAUUGUGAAUCCGGGAGAGAGCUAUGUUCAUGUUAUGGUUUAUAGGUUCACCGUUCAUCAUUAGAUGUUCUAUUGAUUUGGGA